CACACUGUCAAAGCAAUGAUAAUUACAUUAAUACUACACACGACAUGAGUAUUAAUUAGUAAAAUUAUCGUAGCAUUGUUUAUGUGUCAUAUUUUUUGACAGAAAUAAUCUUGACGAUGUUGCAUUUAUUAAUAAGUAAAUUGGCAUUUUUGCGUUUACACGAUCGGUGUACGAAUUUUUUUGAAUUUGACACGCAUGCGCGUGUAUUUAAAAUUGUCACCUUGCAGUUAUGUUUCGUGAAUUUCAUAUAUGUGUACGUUAAGCACCGUUCCUCUUGUUUUCUUAAUUUUUUAGAUUCAUAACAGAAAGGAUAAUUAUUAAUAAGAUUUUUGUAAUUAAUGAGACUGUUUUUGUAUAAGAUAUUUUAUUGUUUCAUGAAAACAAUAUCUGAAACGUCGUAUAAUGCAUUUUCUUGGUUAUCUGGUUGAUGGAAAACAAUAUUCCUAAGGAUUAAGAAAAAACAGGGACCAACCUCUGUACCUUCGUGCACACUCGUUCAUGGCUUUUGGAUUCUUCGUGCACACAAAAAUCAGUCACCGAUUAAGAAUCUGCUCUUCAGUCGUACAAUGCACAGAGUUGAUUCGCAAGAAACAUUAUCGUUGGUUGUUAGAUGCCGCUUAAGAAGAGAGCCAGCCAUAAGUAGUCUGCGCGUUUCCAUGCAGAAGAACCGUCAUCUGCGUUGAUUGAAAUAUACAGAAGCUACACGAUCGUGUCGUGUUUUUAUUAGAAAAAUUGUUUGAGAUCCAAAUAUUUUUACUGUCGCGUUUAGUAAUCUAGCAAUCAUCGUCAGAAAAUCAUUACAUUGGGACUGGAUACUGUGCAACAACAUUGUUCAUCGAACCAGCUAGCAACUUUUCUCCACACUUAAUCAGCAUCCAUUAGAUUGGAGAAGCUACGCCAGGUAUUUAACGACUUGGAGACGAAGUAACGUAGCGAAGAUGCCGACGAUGAUCCGAGGGUCGAUCAACGAAGAAAUAAACAGUCAACUAUAUACUUGGUUUCUGGAAGAGAAGGCUAAUGAUCGAGAAGUCACUGAUACGCAGCUCUUAGCGAAAGCGUUGGAAAUCUGUCAGUCGCUUGGUGAAUCAACAACGUUCAGCGGAAGCUGGUUGCAGGACUUCAAAACGCGUCAUGACAUCGAGAUGGAAGACGACGAAGCCACUGAUCUCUCAUUCACGAAAAUAAGUGGAAUAUUAAUAAGCAUGCCACCGACGUCAAAGAACGCGAAUGCGGGGACGGCCGACUGGAACGAGAACGCGACACCGUAUCUGAGGUUGUGCAUAAGUCCGCCGUUAUUCAUAGAUCCACAUAAAUAUCUUAAAACGUCCGAAAAUGUGCCUGUAUAUGUGAACCAUGCAACAUUCGCCGGUUCGUAUAUGUUUUUGAAUCCAGCCAUCGCUGACGGUAGCUCAGGAUUGAAUGCAGCUGUAAGUAGCGCUGAAAUGAACACGCCGUCGUGUUCGAAGACGAAUGCGAAUGAAACGGAGUACAUACCGUCGUGUUCGAAGACGAAUGCGAAUGAAACGGAGCACAUACCGUCGUGUUCGAAGACGAAUGCGAAUGAAACGGAGCACAUACCGUCGUGUUCGAAGACGAAUGCGAAUGAAACGGAGGACACGCCCUCGUGUUCAGAGACGAAUGCGAAUGAAGCGGAGAACACACCGUCGUGUUCGGGGACGAAUGCGAAUGAAACGGAGAACACGCCCUCGUGUUCGUGGACGAAUGCGAAUGCAACAGUGGACAUGUCGUCGUGUUCGGGGACGAAAGCGCAUGCAACGAUGAACGUGCCGUCGUGUUCGAAGACGGAUGCGAAUACAACGGUGAACAUGCCGUCGUGUUCGAGGACGAAUGCGAAUAGAACGGAGAACAUGGCAUCGUGUUCGAACACGAAAGCGAAUGCAAUGGAAACGAUGCCCCCGGAUUUGGAGGCGCAGCUAUUCUUAAGAAACUUCACGAGAAGGCUGUCACAAGAGAAGAUACCAAGCAAGAAUAUUUACUAUUUGAAAGACACCGGUCUUGCCUGGAAGGUUAUCCCCAAGAAUCUCCUGGCUCCCAGUUUAGAAGAGAGGCACAUGAUAUCGAAGUUCGAAAAGGAGUGCGUUACCAUAGGUUUGUGCGUAAACCUGUUCGGCAAUCAUAAGCUCGCGCCUCUGUUUAUCCACAAGCGUGGAAGAUCGAACGCGUUGAAGCACUGCAGAGAUCAGCUGCCUGUGAUCUUCGCGAGUCAGCCGCGGGCUCAAAUGGACCAUGCUGUGUUCACGGAGUGGUACAACAAACACUUCAAGCCAACCGUGAGAAUACUACAGUUUCCCGAUAAAGGCGGAAAGGUUUUGCUGCUUCUGGACUCCCAUCAGAAGCAUAGACUGCAGUUGGCCAAAGAGCGGAGUAACGAUAACUUCGAAAUUAUAUUUCUACCAAAGAGUGCUGCCUCCCUCAUGAUGGCGAUAGAAGAGAAGGUGGUAGAACGGGUCAAGAUGAUCUAUCGCCUUAAGAUGCUGCACCAGAUGCUGAUUUUUCCGAAAGGCGCGCGAAGAUUUUAUCACGAUUUCGAUUUGAUAGAUUGCAUCGACCUGUUGUCCGCGGCGUGGAUGGAAAUUACAAUGGCGAGUAUUCAGAACACGUGGUGCAGCGUAGUCAGAAAUACCUGGAGAUCGUCUUUAAUAGAAGCAGAGCCGGAGGAGGACCCUUUAGAGUCCACUUUACAGGACAUUGUUGGCCUUAUCGCCAGAGAAGGGCAGCCUGAAGAGACUGUAAACGAAUUUUUAUUACGAUGCCAGGAGAUGGAGAGACAUUUCUUGAAGGAUGAGACAGAGGAAAACGGGGACGAAGAUGAGGAGAAGAGCAAUGGUGAGGGCGAAGGUGAAGACGAAGUACUCAGCCAUGACGACAUUAAGAUGGCUUUUGAAACAUUGGUUGCGUGGUCUAAACAGCAACCGCAGUACAUACAGCUGCUAGUGGAGUAUUUGAAGAAUUAUUACGAGAGAAGUAUCAAUGGAAAUAAAGACUGAAAUGGACUAAAGAUUAAAGAAGCAGAUUGAUUGGUGUUUGAGAGAACAGAGACUGCAUGGUAUAUGUUUAUAUAACAAAAUAAGAUUUAAUUAUAGUAGAAAUAAUUCGUUACCACGGUUCCUAGAAGAGAGUUGUUAUAUCAACAUAUAUUUGAUUUCAUUUUCAUUAGAUUAAUCGAGAAGCAUAUGAUGGAAUCUGUUAACGUUUUAUUUAUUGUUGAAGGUAAUUGGCAGUGGCGCGUGCUAUCUUACGUUCGGAAGCGAACUGUUCUGCGCAAACUGCAUGGAGGUCGGUCUGCCGAUCAAUUUCCAGAACUGAUAUGGAAGCAGUGUUCAUGUUUCAAAGUUUAAUGGGCGGUAUCUUUCAAGGUAGAUCCGCAAUAACUGCACAGACAGAUGCAGAUUAGCAGAUAAUCGAAAGUCAAUUUCCUUCGUCAUCCUCGUGUCAGUUCACCGUUCGCGUUCGUUUCUUGUCUUGCAUUUUGCAAGCGAAUCGAUGAGCUCGAUCGUGUCACGAAAUGACAGUGUCCGCCGGUUAAUUCACAAUACGUCUCUUUGAUUCGUUUGAUCUUAAACGCUAUACAAGUGUCGAGUUCGUAAGUUCGUUAACAAGAAAAUCACGUACCCUUCGUUUGCUUCGUAUACUCUCCAAUUGUCCUGCCGUAUUUUCGCCGAUGCUUUGCGAUCCCCAUAACUCCAGACCAAUCCUAGCAUACGUGAAUGUCAUGGAUCCGAUCGGCAAGAAGUAUGUCAGUAUCAUGAAUAUGACGUUGUACCUAUGGACAAAGAAUUUCCAAAGUUAUUCAAGAAUGUAUUACGCAUCAUAUUUUCCCUGUAAGGGGGCGAGGGUUGUCGAAUUCAAAGAAACGUGGCGUUAAAUGUGAGAAAAACAGGUUCUUCGUAUCUUAUAUGACUACCAUAAUUUGUAGAAGUGUGUUUUUAAAUAUUAUUAUUAUUAUUAUUAUUGUUAUUGAACGAGUACGAUGAAUGUCGAAAUUAAGACAACGUCAAAUUGUCGGUAGCAAAAUUCUGUUCCUACAAUGUUUGAUUGACUCGAAGAAUGAUCGUCUUGAUUAGGUAGCCCGAAAUCAAUCGACAAGGGAGAUUUUAAUUCUUGAUUGAAGUAUGUAAUUGGUAAACUGCAGAUUUUUAUGCAAAUUCUCAUUUUCAUACGAUUCUCAUUUUUAUACAAACCUGAACAAAAACAACAUUUCUUACAACAAUUGGAAAAUUCUUUAUAAUGAACAUAGAAUAAUAACACAAUCAAUGUUCGUUAAUAUGCACGUUUUCCAAUGAAAGUAAAGGACAGUGGCCUAACCAGCACACAUUUAAAUAUAUUCUAAGAAAGACUUUUUCAAAGAACGUAAUUACCUAUAAUUAAUAUUUUUAUAUUUAAUAUAUUUAAUAUUUUUACACAACGAUAUAAAAGAAUAUAAAAUUUUCUGUUUUUCUUUUUUUAUAAUAUAUUUUACGCAGUAAGACAUUUAUAGGAACGGAAAAAUUUUCCUGUGCCAUCAGCAGCGGCCAACACGAUUAGAUUAUUCGAUUCCGUUUUGAAGUCUCAGGCGGUGCUCCGUUUGAUUGGUUCCCCGUUAGUAAAACCCUCCUGUCGGUGUGCACACUUUCAGUAAUCCUGUUCACUCUGAUCGGAUCGACUCAAGGAUCUAACUAGCCGUGAAUAAUUACGCGAUCCCCACUUUCAGUGCUCCAUGUCAGGAAUUUCGAUGAAAUUGAAAUAUGAUUGUAAUCCGCGGGAAAUUUACCUCUCCCGAUCCUUUCGGAGCAGGCUUCAUAGAAGAGACUUCAAACCAGUAAAAGCUAGCCAGGACCAUGUAUCAUCGGUUUUUUCAUUAACUCACGUAAUAAAGGCAUCGGUAAGCUUGCGAUAAAAAUGCGUCGUGUGAAGGAAGUACAUUAAAUUAAUGAACACUUUUUUUUAGGGUUGCGAAGAUCUUUCUAUUAUGAGGUCAUUGUAAAAGGAAAAAUUGUCCAAUGCUUUCACAAAGGUUCGAAUUUGCAGCGUUUUCGAGAAUGGUGCAUUCAGUUUUCUUUCUUCCGUAUCAUUGAAAAACGUCAGAAAGUAAAUGGACGAUGAAUUGCGAAUGUUGGAGACCUUAUUCAGCCGAGAGUUUAGGUUUCAAGAUGGGCGAUUUCUUGAACAUAGAACACUACGCACCAGUAAAUAUUGUCUUCAGCUACCGUACGACAAUAUUGUCUACGGAUUUUUCUGCCAGCUAGUAAACAUAUUUGCUCGUCACGUGUAGCAUAAAGUAAAGACGCCUCUCUUGAUUUGUCAACUACGACCGCAUUGCUGCAUCAGGCAGUUGUAGAUGUCUCGUUACUGUCAGGGAACCGUCGUCUGUUUGCCUCAUCAAGGCUUUCUCAUUGGUAUAUUAUCUUGAUUAUUCUCUGUCUGGCGGUCACUUUGCUUGUCGAACGAACAUCAAGAUAGAUCGCGUCAGUGCCUCUGAUGAAAAUUCCAUCUUCGACCCACUACUCCAUCUAGUGUUCUAGCGAUUCUAGUCUAUCCGCUCCACAAUAAUGAACUGUAUGAUCAUCGUUGAAAUGGUCAAUUUAUUACGGCACUUCGCGCAUUAAAAUUCGAUUAACUCACAUAAGUUUCCCUACCCCUCAUUCGUUUCGUUCUUAUCUUUAUUAAUCCAUCGAUGGAUAUUUCACGCGAGUACAUUCUUUGACGCGCGUUUAAUGCAUUAGGAGACUAUUGGAAUCUUUGUUAAUUCGAUGUUCUAUUUAAUCAAUAAUCGCACAUUGUAAUCCAUUUUUCGUUUGUGGUUGUACAGAAUUAAAUUCAGAGUAAAUAAUUCGUGUAAAGACACAAUUAAUAAAACGACUCUUGAUCUAGAAAUUGUCGAGGAUUUAGAUUUUACAGGAUUUGUAGAGGUUCUUGAGGAAAUACCACAAGAGUUUAGCUGUUUGUUCGUAAAUCAAGUAGAAAAAAAGGAAUCUAAGAGAAUCUAAUAUUCUUU